AUGAAGGCUUCCGUUGCUGCUGUUGGCGCCCUCGUCGCCGUGGCCAGUGCCCACUCUCCCCGUCACUUCCACUGGAACCGUCGUGCUCUCAACGAAACAGCCUCUGAGACCACCCUGACCGUCAGCGUCACUCAGGUCCACACCAUCACCAGCUGUGCUCCCACUGUCACCAACUGUCCUGCCAAGCAGAGUGACAUCGACAACCUUCCCGAGUCCGCCAAGACCACUGCCGUUGUCACCGAGACUGUUCCCCUGACCACCACAGUCUGCCCCGUCUCUGAUGCCUCCAGCAUUGCCUCGUCUUUGGUCAACGAGCACAUCUCCAGCAAUGCUCCUGUCUUCCCCAGCAGCACCGGAUUCCCCUGGACCAACUCUUCUGCUCCCGCUCCCACUGGCGCUCCCAUCACCUCUGGUUCUCCCAACCAGCCCAGCCUGACCACCUCGGUCAUCCCCAUUGUCACCGAUGUUCCUACCACCAUCGUCGAGAGCGGUCUCACCAGGACCACUCUUGUUCAGUCCACCAUCUACUCCACCGUCACUGUCCCUUGCUCCAGCGCCUCUGGCAUCACCUCUGCUCCUGGCAGCGGAAACGGUAACGGCAAUGGCAAUGGCAACGGUGCACCUCUACCACCACUGACCUCCACCGGUGCUGGCUCUGUUCCCACUGGAACUCAGUCUUCUUCUGCUCCUUCCCCUACUGGCGGAAACAGCAACAACGGAGGAAACAAUGGUGGUAACAACGGCGGCAACAACGGUGGCGACGAUGAUGAGUGCGACGACGACGACACUCAGGAUGACGAUGAGUGCGACGACGAUGAGGGUGAUGACGAUGAGUGCCCUCCUGAGAGCACCACCACCCUCUCUGCCACCGUCACCGUUCCCUUCCCUACUGGCAACGGCACUGUGCCCACCCCCACCGUCUUCCCUACUGGCGGCUUUGCCAAGCUCCGUCGCUAA